UGCGUUUCUUCUUUCUGUUUUUGUAUUUUGUACAAAACUAAACAUUUGUAAUUCAGCGCUGAUAUUUAAGCAGUCUUUUACUUGCAACAGCUGCGCACAUCAUAAAGUAUUUUUAACAGUUCCUCAAUUGAAGGACACAGUUCUGUGUUAUGAAGAAAUAAAGAAGGAGAAAUUCUUAGAAUUAAAUGAUAUUACCUUAGUAAGUAAAGUGGAAUGUAAGUACAUUUAUUUAUGAUAGCAGCGAAUGCGUGAAAUAAAAUAGACUUCAAUCGAAAUUGCAUCAACCAAUUACUAAUUAUUAUCUGAACUGUGUUAGUGAGAAGGCCGCUUAAAUCAAAAAAUAUAUAACUGUUUCAGCAACAUCAACUGAUAUUUUUAAAGUGCUUUCAUAUUUCUGGACUAUUACCAUAAGAUUUAUUUCAAAGCGUAAAUUGAGGACAUAAUAUCUGAAAAUGAAUAAGCGGGAAAACAAAACGAAGAGGACGGUUAUUUCCUUGGAAACUAAAAUCAAAAUCUUAAAACGGUUAGCAGAAGGUGAAGGAUCCACUGCUCUAGGUAAAGAAUUUGGAUUAGGUGAAUCCACCAUAAGAGGCAUACAAAAACGUGCAGGUGAAAUAAGUGCAUCUAGUCAUUGUGCCACAAAUGAAAGCGUUAAACGAUCAUCUUAUUCGAGAAAUAUUUUGAUCGAAAAAAUGGAAAAGGUGCUCAUAUCGUGGAUUCAACAAUUAACUCAAAAAAGAAUCCCAGUUGACGGAGAAUUAAUUAAAGAGCAAGCAAUAUGGUUUUAUAACCAGCUGAAGGAUUUACAACCGUCUUGUUCAUCGUCUCACAUUGGAAGCUCAAAAUUUUCGGCAAGCAAUGGUUGGUUAGCCGGGUUUUCACAAAGACACGCACUUCACAAACUGAAGAUAUCGGGCGAAGCUGCACCUGCUAAUGUGACAGCUACUAAUAAAUAUUCUAAACAGUUAGAAAAAAUUAUUGAAGAUGGUAGUUAUUCCCCGGAACAGAUAUUUAUUGCUAAGCUAAAGCAAGAAGAACCCGAGACAAUAACAGCAGGUAACAUCUAUGCAGGACUUCAAAUUUGUAAUAAAUUAGAAAAUCAUUUUCUUGCAAUUGAUGGUAAUUCUAAAAGAGCUUUAAAAUUCCAAAAAGAGCUUCAAUCUUGUAUAUCUGGCUACCGAAACAUAUAUAAGCGUCUUGUGAAACAACGAUUGUCGCAAAAAUUAAUCACCGACUACAUAACAAUUCAAAAAAAGCCAAAUUUAAACGAAUGCAAGGGAUUAUCUAUAAGUGACGAAAGCGAUUUUGAAGAAGCUUGUGACAAGAAAUUUCGCGUAUCAUUAGAUGACGAAGAAUAA